AUGUCGGGAAUUGAGCACGCGUCGACGCAGAGCAUCCGACCUUACAAGUCGUGUGAGGAGUACCUCUACGCGAUGAAGGAAGACCUGGCCGAGUGGCUGAAGGACUUGUACGGCGCGGAUAUUACGGUGAAUAACUUUGUGCAAGCGCUGGAGACGGGCGCGCUCCUGUGCGCUCACGCCAACAACGUGACGCGCGCAGCCGCCGACUUUCAGCACAAACGCGGGCGCACGCACGCGCGCCUGCCCACCUCCGGGGUGACUUUCAUGAGCUCGGCUCGGCCUGCAACGUUUCUGGCCCGGGAUAACGUGUCCAAUUUUAUCAACUGGUGUCGGAAUGAGAUGCACAUCAAAGACGUUCUGAUGUUUGAGACAGACGACCUUGUCCUGCGAAAGAAUGAGAAAAAUGUGGUGCUCUGUCUACUUGAGGUAGCGCGACGGGCCUCUCGGUUCGGCAUGGUCGCGCCUGUCCUUAUUCAGCUGGAGGAGGAGAUUGAGGAGGAGAUUCGCGAGGAGCCUGUGGUCCAGAGACGCUUGAUAAACACUGAGAACCUGGAUGAGAUGGUUCAAUAUCUGAUAAGUCGCUGCACUUGUCCCAGUCAGUUCCCCAUGGUGAAGAUGUCGGAGGGCAAAUACAGAGUCGGAGACUCCAACACCAUCAUAUUUGUGCGAAUCUUAAGGAAUCAUGUGAUGGUGAGAGUGGGUGGAGGAUGGGACACCCUGGAGCACUAUCUGGACAAACAUGAUCCCUGCCGCUGCACAUCUCUCUCCCAUAAACUGGCACAGCGCCCUGCCACUCCGGUCCACGAGAUCAAAGCCAGGCAAUGCGGGCCUGAUGGGCAGGCUACAUCGCAAAUCUCUUUGGUGCUGAGCCGAGCCCAGUCCCCUCUCGACCCUGUAAUCUGGACCCCUUCUCUUCCCACUAGAAUCCAGAGAUCAGAGCCGGGGCUUAAGAAUAGCCCUAAACUAAGGGUCCCUUGUCGACAGACCGACUCUGAUACUAAUGAAGUGCUGAAGUCUACUAUCAGAACAGGCAGAGGACCCGGUAGGGUGUCUCCAUCUCCACGUGUAACCAGCAGUCUUCCACGGCCAGCUCGCCCGUCCACCCCACCACAACCAGAGAUUCAGCGUCCCAGUACACCCUUGGUCUUGCAGAAGGUCUACAGCCAGACCUUUCCUCUACCCCAGCAAGGGCCAGACAACAGGCUCGGGCACAGUUGGACCAAGUCGCAGAUUGUAUCAAAGCUGAGACAAAAUGCCACAACUGGGCCAAAGAACAAACUGGAUUCUCAAAGUGUUCCAGAGCAGCCAGGAGUUUCAGUGUCAGCUCAGCCUUUUCAGUGUGUUACACCAGGUCAAUGUUUUGCAACCAACAACAGUUUGGUAAGCCACCAAGACCCUCAAGACAGUGGGAAUGCCAGAAAGAGUCCUGGGUUCAUUCGGACGUUUUCUCCAACAAAAGGGCUAAUGGGUGUCAUAUCAGGGGAUGGAUAUAAUAAGCUCCCCGCAUCAAAUGGAAAAGGCCAGUCAUCAGACAGUUCAUCCCAACCUAACAGACUUCAAGGAAAUGAGAAUAGCCGACAAAGGUCUUCUUCACAUGGUAACAGGAAGCACAACUUGGAACUUUCAAAGCACACUGUACUAAAUGCUGUAGGCAACAUAAGCAAAUCAGACUUCAACAGCAUCAUAGUGGAGCCAUCUCAACCUGUUACAGUUGUGAAUGCAGAAAACAAAUUUAGAGAUACAGAGAGAAGCUAUCUCUUUACUCCUCCUCCAAUCAGUCCUGCUCAGGAGGCCAUCCUGUACCAGAGCCUCGAGGAAGAGAUCCUGUUUAAUCUACAACAACUUGGCAUGGACUCUGAUGGUGGUGACUCAGAGAAUGAGCAGGACAGUAGUCCUGACUACUUCAUUAAUUCUCAAGAGAUCUCCCAUGAGAUCAGGAAACCUUCUAUCCACAACACAUCCUCUCGUGCAUUCUAUUCAUCCUCUAGACAAACUAACGCAAGGGAUGCUAGUUUUGAAGCUGUCAUUGGUGAACUUUCAGAAGGGAGGAGGCCGCUUGAGAAAGUAUCUGUUGAAAGUUGGGUGAACAAUUUCUCCAGAGAUCUCAGAGGCAUGAAGCAAAAAAGUCAGAGUAACAUAGAUUCAAGACACCUGAACGUUUCCAAACCCUCCAUGGUCAGUUCCUGGUCUUCACUGGGCUCCAGUAUGGAUUCAAAAGACUCUGUGGAACCAUCCAUGACUGCUGAAUCCAACAACUCUGGCACUGGCAAUAAGGAGAAGCCCUGGGCCCCUUCCUCAUAUCAGAGGAGGUCCUUGAAAAAGCCAGAAAGAGUGCCUUCCAUCUAUAAAUUGAAACUGAGACCAUGUGUCCGCCCCAGACGGGACCACAGACCUGACAAGACACCUACAAAGAUCCCCAAACCAGUUUGCUAUAGAAGUCAAAGUCCAGGAGACACCACUCCACACGCCAUGUCAGUACAAAGCAUUGUUAUAUCUGAUACUCAGAAUGGAAUCAAUGUUUCUCGUAGAGCUUCCACCAAAAGACGCUCUAGGAAAUCCUCUCAAACUACAUCCAAAUUCAGUGCCACAAUGUGCAGAGCAGGAGACCAGGAGAUGAUGGAAAAUCAGGAGGUUGAAUUCUGGGUUUAAUGUUUUUUUUUAAUAUAUAUAUAUAUAUAUUUGCUCUCAGUUGUAAUUUGUGCUUAUCCACACAGUGGAUCUAGAGCCUACCCCCUAGAUAGGAUGCCAGCUGGGAUUACCUCCUGGAUGAGAUGCCAAGCCAUUACAUUUCAAGAUUGAACUCAAGACUCUAGAGCUGUGAGACAACAAUACUACCUUACGCACCACCGUGCUGCCCUGAUACAUUAACAUUUUUACCUUUGCUUAAUUGACUGCUGGUUUAUCCAAAAUGGCUUACAGCUGAAACACAAUACAGUUUAGCAACUGAGGUUUAAGAGUUUCGCUCAAGGACCCAACAAUGGCAGCUUGGCUACGCAGGGAUUUGAAUGCAUAACCUUCCAAUCAGUAGCCCAAAGUCUCAACCACUUCCCACUUGCACUUGAGGGAAAUUCAGCAUGCCAAAAUCAUGAUGAAAUGCAAUUUUUUUCCCCCUACAAAUUUGGUUAGAAUAGUUUCUCGGCUGUGCUUAGAAUUUCAGGUAUACACAUGCUGACAUGCUUUGGCUUUAUCAAACAAGCACUCUCCCCCAGGUAGCUGGGAAGCUUGUGGAAAUAGAAAAGCGCACACUGUAUUAUUGUUCACAGUCAGGUACUUCACAGCUGAGCCUUGUUCUGUCAAAACACCUAAGAUGCGAAAGUACCCAAAAAGUAAAGUAGACAAUACACAAAUGUUAGAUUAUUAAAAUCUAUAGUAGUCCCAUCUAAUCAACUAUAAGUGUAAUGUGUAUAUACAGGCUGCUUUUGUUUAUCCAUAAACGAAUAAGAAUAGGGAGAUACAGAAUCUAACAUAUUAUUUAAACACUGAAGCGUUCCCACUGAGGUUAUUCUUAGCUGUACUUUCCCUAUAACAGUUUUGCAAGUCACCUUGCCGCCUUGUUUUUGCCCGUGCAUCCUUUAUAAAUAAACCCUAGUGUAAAUCUGGGGCUAUUUAUAGCCUCCUUUAUAACUGCAGUCUAUCACACCAGAGCAGAUGCACCCGGUGCAUCUCUCCCUCCGUCUCUCCUCUCUCAUUCUCUCCACUCCUUCUCUCAGAGAAGAGGAACACUUCAGACCUCUCAUGAUUAUCUGGCAUAGACAUUGGUCUGAUGUGUCUAGAGAAAGCAGGUCAAAGUUGUUGUUUUUUUCUUCUUCACAAUUAUCAAUCAGCAUUUAGAGCUAAAUCGAUAAAUACAAAUUCAAAUCCUCCUCCAUGGUAUGUUUUUAAAAGAGAAGCCAUUUUCUAAAAUGGAAAAUGUUGAAUUACUCUGUACCAGAAAUAACUCUUUCUGUGGUUGCAUAAUAAAAAAAGAAAAAUACAUCUGUGAUCUGAUACCAGCAAGA